AUGCGGCGCAAGACAGCUAGUAUUCAGCGCUUACCUUCAGGACCAUGGUCGCUUCCCAUCAUAGGAAACGUUCAUCAGCUGAAUGCUGGGCACCAACAUCAUACUAUGGCACAAUGGGGCGGAGUCUAUGGCGACCUCGUAUACGCACGGAUUUUCCGGACACCGGUACUGGUACUCAAUUCUGUUAAGGUUGCACGCGAGCUGUUGGACCGGAAAAGUUCUGCCACCUCGGGAAGGCCGCGGAUGAUGUUCUUGACAGAAAUGCUGGGCUGGGACAGUGGCAUCGCAUUCAUGCAGUACGGAAAACGUUGGAAGAGACAUCGGACGUGGAUAUGUGCCGCGUUCGAGUCCAAGGAGUCAUCCUCAAAGUACCAACCCUUGCAGCGGCGGGAAGCGCGAAACCUUCUGCUAAACAUCAUCCAAGCGCCAACACUUUUCGAAAGACACUUGAGCAGAUUUACAGCAGCUAUAAUAAUGGAGAUUGUCUAUGGCCACACCAUGACAUCUGCUGACGAUGUGUUUGUGAAGAGGGCGGAUAGAGCGAUACAAGGGACUGUGGAUGCGGGACAAAUCCCGGCCACUCUCAUAGAUCUAUUCCCUUUCUUGUGGUCUCUACCUUCGUGGCUCCCUGGUAUGGGUUUCAAGGCUCGAGCGCUCGAGCUACGCAAGCUCAUCCAGGAAACAUUGGACGCACCAUAUGUGAUAGCAACCGAGGCCAUGUCCACAGGAAUAGCGAAGUCAUCUUUCGUUGCGGACAUUAUACAUGACCAUUUCCCUCAUGGGAUGACGGAAGUCGAUGAACGAGACAUCAAGGGGGCUGCAACCGCGAUAUACAUUGGUACGCGGUCAUUAACAACGACUGUGUUGUCUACAUUUAUAUUGGCGAUGGUUCUUUACCCCGAAAUCUAUAAGAAAGCACAAGAUGAGAUUGACCGGGUUGUUGGAGACUCGCGACUUCCAGAUUUCGAUGACAGACCCUGUCUUCCGUAUCUGAAUUGCAUUGUCAAGGAAUUAUAUCGAUGGAAUAGCCCAGCGCCUCUCGGCGAGUUAAUCCACGCGGAGUCAUACGCGGGAUAUGAUAUCCCCGGUGACACCAUUUUAAUACCAAACAUUUGGGCCAUGACACAAAAUACCAUAGUGUACCGACAGCCGGACCAAUUUUGCCCCGAGCGAUUCCUGGCUGUUCAAGACGCUGACUCUGAUGACCAUGACCCGCGGAAGUACAUUUUCGGAUUUGGGCGACGCAUCUGCCCUGGCAGGCACUUUGCGGACUCCGAAAUCUGGCUAGUUGUCGCUUGUAUCGCAGCAACCUUUGACAUUACCAAAGCCCGUGAUAUCAAUGGGUCCGAGAUCACGCCUGAAGUGGCCUUCACGCAGAGUUUUACUAGCCGUCCAAAGGCGUAUGCCUGCCAGAUACACCCUCGUACAACGAGAGCUACCCUCGUAGCUCAGCUGCACCUGUCAUGA